AUGAGAAAGUGUCGAAUCCUGUCGAAGGAAUGCAAUGCUCUCACGUACGAAUCCGGUUUUAUGCAAUCCCACAUCGAGAGAACAGAGACAUUGUGCGGAUACUUGAUUCAAUACUGGAGUAUGUUUCGUUUGUAUUCAACUUUCGUUAGCAACGACGAUCCAGGUAAAGAUGAUCGUAAACUGAGUUUCGAUUUCUUACCCAAGAAACCCAAUCUCGAAGUGGAGAUUCUUGCAGUUGCCGAUACAGGCUUAGUCUUUUGCAAAAGCCCAGAUCCAAAAGAGCAGCAUCAGCAUUAUAUUUGUAAACCCACGACUCGGCAGUGGGAACUCAUGCGGAGUCCAGAUCGUUAUUAUACAGCGAGGAAGAUCGCCGUGAGUGUGCUCAAAUCAAAUCCAUUGUGUUUCAAAAUCGUAUGGGUAUCGCAUGAUAUAGAAGCCUCGGGUCAUUGCAAAAUCUUCGAUUCGACUACUUGGACCUGGAAGCGAUUGCAUAAUUUGAAGUUAGGUAAAUACGAGUUCUUCGACUCGGCCGACGGAGUAUCAACUCAAGGCAGGUGGCACUGGAUCACACGCAGAACUACGUAUAAAAUACGAUCUUUUCAUCUGGAUAAAGAGAGUUGGGAGUCGAAUUCGGUGCCAAAAUCGUGCAACUACACUGCUUCUUAUUUGAUCAAACUCGCCAAACUUGAAGGUAAGCUGGCAGUAAUAUCACAGAGACGAAUAGAUGCAGAGUUAUUGGAGAUAUGGACCAUGGAUUCUUAUAGAACAAAGUAUUGGAGCAAAAAAUAUACUAUCGGUUUUGGAGAUCCAAAGAAAGGAAUCGGCAGUUUCACAGCGAUGUCGUUCUAUAACGCCGAUACUCUCCUGAUGCUGGAUGAUGAUAACAGAGCAAUGUUUUAUGAUUUUAAGAAGGGUCAAAUUACUCGACUCAUAACACUUGAUAAAGAAUUUGAGUGUUUAUGGUCGGUAUCUUUUGUUCACACGGAUUAUGAGCCCAUUCAGAUGAGGAAGAAGCUUCUCUAG